AUGGAAGGCUUCCACCCAAGAAACGCUGCUGCCUGGAGUUCUCAGGAAUGGUGGUCUAGCGGUUGUGUUCGGCGUACUCCAUUAAACUGCGUUGCCAUCAAUGGCAAUGGCACCACGGAUGGUUUCCUCCAAGUUACUGAUAAGUCUCUAUCUGAUAAAGAGCCUUUUCAAAUUAUGUCAGACUCGACUCUACGAGGAUGCAAGACUGCUUGUCUCAACAAUUGCUCCUGCACGGCUUUUGCUUUUACUGAUUCAAAUUCUCAUAUAACUUGUAAAUUGUGGUUUGGCGAUCUUUUAAGCAUCCGGACUAAGGCCCCUUCUGACGGCCAGCUCUUGUUCAUUCGAUUGGCUGCUUGUGACGUGUCACAGUUGUCAGCCCACGCGGGAAGAAGCAGCAGCAGAGCAGUUGCACUCUCCAUUUCAAUUCCUCUGGGCGCAGCUGUUUUGAGUAGACUGUUCAUUGGAGCAUGCUUUAUUCACCGCAGGCGCCGAAGAAUGCUUGAGAAAUUUGUGAAGGACGACGCAUCAACAUCGCUUAGAACAUUCACCUACAAAGAGCUCAAAGUUGCGACCAAAAAUUUCGCCCAUAAGUUGGGAAAGGGGGCAUUUGGCUCUGUCUUCAAAGCAACUCUGCCAGACAAAACCCUUGUAGCCGUGAAAAAAUUAGAGGGUUCCGCACAAGCAGAAAAGCAAUUCCGUGCGGAAAUAAGCACCAUUGGAAACAUACAUCAUGUGAAUUUGGUGAGGCUCCGUGGAUUCUGCGUGGAAGGGUCUGCAAGAAUGCUUGUUUAUGAGUACAUGGAAAAUGGGUCUCUCAACUCUUUCUUGUCCAGCAAAUCCAAAGAAGAAGACAAGGUGCUGGAUUGGAAUAGCAGAUAUGGAAUCGCUUUGGGCACUGCAGGGGGAUUACUUUAUCUCCAUGAAGAAUGCAGAGAUCGCAUCAUCCAUUGCGAUAUCAAACCAGAAAAUAUUCUUCUAGACGCAGAUUUCUCUGCAAAAGUGGCUGAUUUCGGACUGGCAAAGCUUGUUGGCAGAGAUUUCAGCAGAGUGCUGACAACAACAAGAGGAACGAUAGGAUAUUUGGCUCCCGAGUGGCUGACCGGUGUGCCAAUAACAGUGAAGGUGGAUGUAUACAGCUUCGGCAUGACCCUCCUCGAAAUAAUCUCAGGCCGACGAAAUAGUGAUUUGAGCAUGCAAGAAUCUCAGCGCUACUUUCCGACAUGGGCAGCAACUCAAAUUCUCAAGGGAAACACCAUCGGCAUUGUGGAUGAAAGGAUUACAGACAGGGUGGAUGUUGAAGAGGUGAUAAGAGCAGUUGUGGUAAGCAUUCUGUGUAUUCAAGAGGAUGAGAAUGGGAGACCAAACAUGGCUCAAGUUGUCCAGAUAUUGGAAGGCAAAUCAGAAGGUAACAUGGAAAAAUAUGAGAGGUGCUUGCAAGCGCUCAUCGAUGAUGAUUGUGUUUACUAG